AUGCCGCCAGAGCCUUUGCCUUGGGACCGGAAGAAGCACGAGAGGUCCGAGUCGUCGUCUUCCUUAGGGUCCACACCGCGAUGGAGGGACUGCCCUUCAGGAGGUCAUUAUGGAUCCUACCGCGAAUUUACUGCUCGCUGGACUGGAGGAUCGGGCGAGUUCCGCAGGCCUUCCGGUCAUGGUAAGCAGGGUGGUUGGCACCUGUUUGCUGAAGAACCAGGUUAUGGGUAUACCCCUUCCCGGUCAAGCGAUAAGAUGCAGGAAGACGAUAACAGCAGACUGCCAUUUUCACGUGGAGAUGGGAAAUAUGGCAGGUCCAGUAGAGAUAACAGAGGGCCUGUGGGCCAGAGAGACUGGAGAGCUCAUUCAUGGGAGAUGAGCAAUGGGUAUCCAAAUGGACCUGGAAGAUUCUAUGAUGUGAGUAAUGAACAGCGGUCAGUUGAUGAUAUGCUAACCUAUCCUCCUUCUCAUCAACCUAAUUCUGACUUUGUAAACACACGGGACCAGCUUCAGUUGAAAGAGCAGCAUGACAGUAAUAAGGAAGGUGGCCCCAUUGCUUCGGGUUCAGGCCAAAGAGGUGAAAAAGAGAACGCACUGGACUGGAAGCCUCUUAAGUGGUCUCGAGCAGGAAGUUUGUCUUCUAGGGGGUCUGGAUUCACUCAUUCCAGUAGUUCAAAGAGUCUAGGGGCUGUGGAUUCUAAUGGAGGAAAGAUAGAGGCGUUGCCGAAGAAUGCAACUCAAAUUCAGACUCCUUCAGGAGAUGCUGCAGCUGCUGUCUGUGUUACUUCAGCAGCUCCGUCUGAAGAGACAACCUCAAGGAAAAAACCACGCCUUAGAUGGGGCGAGGGACUGGCAAAGUUUGAGAAGCGUAAAGUUGAAAGCCCCGAGGUUAGUUUGACAAGAGAUGGUACCGUCUUGUCUGCUAACAAUGGCGAACCUGUUCACUCUCAGAGCUCAAGCAUGGCAGAAAAAAGCCCCAGACUGCUGGGAUUUCCAGAUUGUUGUUCUCCUGCAACUCCUUCCUCUGUUGCUUGUAGUUCGUCACCAGGUGUAGAGGAGAAAAGUUCUUUCAAGGCAAUGAGCGUGGAUAAUUAUGGUAGUAAUUUAUGUGGUUCUCCUAGUUUUGGCUCUGAGAGUCAUCCUGACGGUUUCUCUUUUAGUUUAGAAAAGCUGGAUAUAAGUUCAAUUGCUAACAUGGAGUCCUCGCUCAUUGAGAUGCUUCAGUCCGAGGAUUUGUGUUCGAUGGACUCAAGUUUUGUGAAGUUGACGGGAAUAAAUAAGUUACUUGUUUGGAAAGGUGAUGUUUUGAAGGCGAUAGAAACAACAGAGUCCGAGAUAGAUAGCCUUGAAAACGAACUAAAGUUGUUGAAGUCUGAUUCCAAAAGCAAGCUACCAUGCCCAUCCUCAAGUUCAUUAACUGAACAUGGAGAUGCUAUCCUUUUCAUUGAACAAGAGAAGUUCUGUGGUGAUGCUCUCCAUCCUCCUUCUCUGCAAGUUAUAUCCAAUAAGGAUGAGGUUAUUGACAAGAAUCCUAAUCCGGAGGGUGCCUUUGAAGGUGCUGGUACUGGUGCCGGUGCCAAGGAUGAUGACAUUGAUAGUCCUGGUUCAGCUACAUCUAAGUUCAUAGAACCUGUAUUGUCGGUGAGGACUUCUUCAUCUGAUAUGUUGAUAUACACUGAGCAAACUGGUAUUGUUGCAAUUGAGGAUUCAAGUCCGGACUCGAAAUGUGAAGUGCCUAUGACGAGUGAGAAAGACGGUACUGUAUCACCAGGUGAUGUUAAAGUUCCCGUACGCUGCAGUAAUCACACACUUGUAUCUGCUCCGACUGGAUCCGUGGCAGAUGAAGCAGAUACUCUAUGUGCUGCUGUAUUGGCUUCGAAUAAGGAAUCAGCUUGUACAGCAGCUGAUGAAUUUAAGAGGUUAUUGCCUAGUGAUCCAUGCUCGGUUGAUUGUUCAAGAGUUUCCAGUAUGCUGUCAGUGCAAACUGAUCAUAUUAUCAGAGAGAAGUUUAUAAUGAGGAAGCGCUUCAUGAAGUUUAAGGAGAAAAUGGUGGCCCUAAAGUUCAAAGCCUAUCAACAUUUAUGGAAGGAGGACAUGCACUUGCUCUCGGUGAAGAAGUACAAAGCAAAGUCACUGAAGAAAUUUGACUCAAGUUUGCGCCCUAUUCAUAAUGCAUACAAAAAACAUCAAUCUUCAUCUCGUACUCGGAUCUGUUCACCCGGCAGCACAGGCCUGGUUCCUACCCCAGAGACGCUGAAAUUCACCAGCAAGCUACUUGCAGAUUGCAAUGUCAAAGUUUACAGGGAUAACUUGAAGAUGCCAGCACAGAUUCUGGAUGACAAACAGAAAAUAGCGUCACGGUUUAUUUCGGGCAAUGGAUUAGUUGAAGAUCCCUGUGCUGUUGAGAGGGAAAGAGCUAUGAUUAAUCCCUGGACUUUGGAGGAGCGUGAAGUCUUCAUUGAUAAGCUGGCUUCUUGUGGUAAGGAUUUCACGAAAAUUGCUUCUUUUCUUGAACACAAGACAACUGCAGACUGUGUGGAAUUUUAUUACAAAAAUCACAAGUCUGAUUCUUUUGGGAAAAUCAAGAAGAAUAAGCCAUGCAAGGCUUCGACAAACUACUUGAUGUCAUCGAGUAAGAAAUGGAAUCAUGAGAUGAAUGCGGCAGCUUCACUGGACAUUUUGGGUACUGCGUCAGUUAUGGCUGCUGCUGAUUCUGACAGAGGCAUGGGAAGCAGGAAGAUGCAUUCUACUAAAAUCCUCAUCAGAGGCUAUAAUAAUAGUAAUCGCAAAAUAUUGCGGAAUGGGGAUGGUAAUUCAUCACAAAGGUCAAAUAAUUAUGAUGUCUUGGUCAAUGAAAGAGAAACUGCUGCUGCUGAUGUGCUUGCUGGCAUUAGUGGUUCGAUGAGCUCUUGCAUUACUACUUCUGCAGAUCGUGGUGAGGGAUUCCACGAACAUAAGGCCCGGAAGAGAGAUAAUGGUGACAGACGACCUUCUUUAUCUGAUGUAACCCAGAGUUUGGAUGAGGAAGAAAUUUGUUCUGAUGAGAGCUGUGGGGAAAUGGAUCCUGCUGCUGAUUGGACAGAUGAGGAGAAAGCAGCUUUUGUUCGGGCAGUUUCUUUACAUGGCAAGGAUUUUGCAAUCAUCUCCCGUUGUGUCCAGACAAGGUCUCGGGAUCAGUGCAAGGUGUUCUUUAGCAAGACAAAAAAGUGUCUUGGGCUGGAUCAGAUUCAUUCUGGAAGGGAGACAGUUGGCCCAUCAUUGAGCGAUGAUGCAAAUGGAGGUGGAAGCGACAUGGAAGAUGCUUGUGCUAUUGAGAAUGGCUCGGAUGAAUUUCCUUCUCAGGUGGACCAAUACCUGCCUCCUGUUAUGUGCACUGUUGGGAAGAACCCAAAGCAGGAUGUUUGUGAUGGUGAAGCUAAAGUUAAUCUUGAAACUGAUUUGAAUUUAUCUGAGGAUAAAGAUGCAGGAGAAGUAGCUGUGGAAGAGGAGCAUUUGAUAGAUGUAGAUGCUGCUGUGGUUUGUAAUGGCCCGAAAGAUCACUUGCUUCUGUCAACUGAUCUUGUUGAUGGUGAAGUCAUUAAUGGGUUUGUUCAUCAUAAAUCUGUUUCCGUGAACUGUCAGAAAGUUUCAGUAGAGUCUGGCGUUACAGAGGGUGAGCGAGAGUGUGGGAUUAAAGAGGGCUUUUCAGAUUCUGGAAAUAGUUUGAUACAAGAUUUGAACAUAACCAAAGAUCUUUCACAUCCUCCUCCAUUGGAUAUGGGCUCUUCCUCAAAUGAAAGUCCUGUUACUGACACUGUGAAUCAAAGGCAAGCUGAAGUGAGUUCUGUGGCCACAAGUGUGGCGGCCAUGUCUUUCCCAUUGGAAAGUAGUAACAUGGCUAGUGCAGACUCUGUCAUAAUGGACUGUUCUGUAAUAACAAAGUAUGAUAAAGUGGAUCUCUCGGGUAGCAUAUCAAGUGGUGAUGAUAUUCACGAGAAUCUUGGUAAACAGGAUGGGAUGUCUAUAUGUGGAAAUGGCUAUGUACGGCCUUUGCUUGGCCACCCUGUGCUGAACCAUUGGGGAUCUGCUCAACUUAAUAGUAGUGCUUGCACAGCUCGGAUUCCCGCAAUGGUGCCAAACAACGGAAGUUCCUGUAGACCUAUUUCUGAUGGUGCACACCUUUUGAAAAAAGCUGAGGAGAUUAUUAUGUCAAAUCGGUUGGAAGCUGAGGCCCACUUCCUCCCAAACACCAGCCAACAUUCUGAGCGAGCAAGUGAGCAGCCUCGGAGUUUGUCAGAGGUGCAAAAGCCAUGCAGGAGUGGUGAUGUUAAACUAUUUGGUAAAAUACUGAGUACUCCUGCAACUUCAUCACAGAAGAAGCCAGCCCAUCCUCCUGAAACACAUAGGCAUGGUGAAAAUGGCUGCACUUCGAAGACAAGCAGCAGCAGCUCAUCAACCUUGAAAUCUACUAGCCAUCCCGAUCCCAGAUCAUCAGAUGUGGCGAAUUUGACGAGUUCUUUGAAUUUUGAUCAGAACAAAUGUGUUGCAGUGAAUAAUGUUCCAAUGAGCUACGGUUUCUGGGAUGGGAGCAAAAUACAGACAGGGCUGACUUCAUUGCCUGAUUCUGCCAUCUUGCUCGCCAAGUAUCCUGCUGCAUUUAGCAAUUACCCUGGGGUUUCUUCAUCAUCAAAGAUUGAUCAUGCAACAGCAUUGCACGCUGUUGUUGCUAAGAACAGCGAUCAACGGAGUAUGAAUAGCAUACCUAGUUUCCCUCAGAAGGAUGUAAGUAGCAGCAGCAGUAAUGCACUGCUGGAUUUCCAAAGGUACAUGAGUCAUCAUGAUGCUACCAACAAAGUGCAGCAGCCGUUUGGGUUUGAUACGAUUUCAAGUUUACAGCAACAUGGAAUGGCAGCGGCAGCAGUAGGAAUGGGGAUCGGUAGUAUUGCAGCAGGUAAAGGUGGAGGAGGUGGUGUUAUCAGCCAGGCCGUUUCUGACCCUGUAGCGGCCAUAAAAAUGCACUUUGCCAAGAAUGAUAAUCAAUUUGGUGGUUCCCCAAAUGGUGGGACUAUAAAUGUGUCAAGGCAGGAUGAUUCUACUAGUUGGAGAGGCAAGGGGGAUGUGCUGAGGUAG